CAGUGGUCACAUGAAUCCAAAACUAAAGAAAGGAAAUAAUUCCAUCAAUUCCAUCCAAACUAAAACGUAUAGCUCAUCUUUAGCUACAGUCACCGUACUGACUGAUCGUUCGGGUUAUUAUACGACAAAAGGACUGGAAAAGCAAAGCGAAUCAUGGACGAGGAUGGAUUACCAAUAGUGGGCUCUGGUGUAGAUUUGACUAAGGUUCCAGCUAUUCAGCAAAGGAGAGUAGUUGCCCAUUUAAACCAAUUUGUUGUCCACACCGUACGGUUCCUCAACCGGUUUUCAACUGUGUGCGAGGAGAAACUGGCCACCAUAUCCCUACGAAUACAGCAAAUUGAAACCACCCUCAGUAUUCUGGAAGCAAAGCUGUCGUCUAUCCCUGGACUGGAGGAUGUGAAGGUAGAGGGGGUGAGUGACAGGCUAUCAGCUGAGGCCAAUGGACCAGUGGCUCCUGCUAGUCAGACUGUAGCCCCGACACCGGCACCAGCACCAGCACCAGCAGCAGCUGCACCUGAGCCCCCUCAUCAGCCAGCAGAAGCCGCCAGUGAGCCAAAAACGGAAAGUGCAAACGAGUCAAACGUCAUGACGGUGGCCAAGGACCCACGCUACGCCCGGUACCUGAAAAUGGUGCAAGUGGGUGUUCCUGUUAUGGCCAUAAAGAAUAAGAUGGUUCUGGAUGGACUGGACCCCAAUCUGCUCGACAACCCUAAUGCCCCCGUACCUGAUGCGGGCGCGAAGAAUUCUGAGGAGCAAGAGGAUGACAGUUCCGACAGCGAAUCGUCUUUUAGCGACUGACCACAUCCGCCUAUCACCUUCAAGCUGUCUCACUGAGACCGCCCCCCUCGCCCUUUCAGCCCUCCAUUGAGGACGAUCAGUACAUUAACUACAUCCAGAGGGACAUGACAUCACUGCCUAGGCAGUAUGGCAACUAACUCCAUUCUGAUCUGAGAAAUGUCAGGCCCAAAUCGCACAGCCUAUAUUUUAUGUUAGUAGUGCUUUGAUGACUUCAGACAGAUGGCCAAGUGCACACACACACACACACACUCACUCCACACACACACACACACACGCACACACACAGUGGUACAAUUUUAAUACACAUAAAUACAUACCUUAUAAUAAUAAUAAUAAUGUAACAAAAUGAAAGUCAGGAGGACUGCCUUUCUUGGGGUGAAUGACAUCGGCAUAAUGUCUGUGCAGCUGUAGAAUUCCAUUUGAAACCAGCCACUUUCAUUAUAUGACUAUUCAUGUUAUAUUUUUUUUGCUGUUUUUGCUGUUAUUGUCCUGUGUGUUUCUGCUGAGAGAGAGAGAGAGAGAGAGAGAGAGAGAGAGAGAGAGAGAGAGAGAGAGAUGGAAGGUGUCUCUAUUGUUGCCAAGUUUAUCAGCUGAAAUAAUCUUGCUCAUGGGUGCGCCAAGACAGCUCAUUAACUGUCUUUGAUGUACAGUGGUAGUCGUCCUGUGCCUUCUCCUCCACAGACAAAGUGUUUAUUGUCAUAUGAGGAUGUCACUGGGCUCUGGAUGUAAAUGGUUUGCUCCGAUUUGCACUUUCAAUGACUUGAUCAUCUCGGGACUCGCAAGACACACUUCGCGUGUGUGAAGUGCUGAAUGCAUUCUGCAGUACGUGGUCCGCCACAGAAGUUUGUCUGUCACCUGCUUGUUCAAUCUGACUAACAUAUAUUUGCGAUUGAUUAAAGAAAACAGACAUGACAUCUCAUGCCAUAGUUGAAA